CAACCGGUCCCGGCUGGGGUAAACGACUAGGGUUUGUCAUAUCGGGCCGUCGUUGGCCAGCACUGCAUGCGUACCUGGAUUUGCAGUUGCUAGGUACUUGACGGGUAGGUGAUAUACGAUAUGCACGAUUACUAGUUGAUUAAAGGAAUAGGUUGGUGGAGAAUCUUGGUUAUGGGGGCAAGGGCCUCUACCACGAGGCGAUGGUCUGGGGAAGCAUUCAAAAGCAGGGUAUCUCCGCGAGCCUUCUGGCAUUGUUCAGGACGUUGCUCAACUACUGACCAAGCAUCAUGGAGCUCCUCUCUCGCACCGUGGUCGGCGCUCUUUCGCUCUCGGUCGCCUUUGCUGGAUCUGCUUCCGCUGUUGAAGCCUUCCGCAAGCCCACUGUUACAACCUCAACCGGCAAUGGAACUCUUCUUGCCUCUCGUGGCUCACCAGUCAGUAUCCAUGCUGAUGCUGCGGAUUGGCCUGGUGUUUUACGCGCCGCUCACGACCUUGCUAUCGACUUCGGACGUGUUACCGGUACCAAUGGAACACUCACAGCUUCUGGAACGGCAACAGCCAAUGCUUCGAUGAUCUUCAAUGUCACUGGCAUCAGCGAUGAUUGGAGCGUUAGCGGUAGUACUGCUUCUAGUGCUACCGGAGGAACUAUCAUUGUGGGUACCAUUGGUAACUCAAGUCUGAUCGAUGACUUGAUAUCAAGCGGACAGCUUGAUGUUAGCGGGGUUGAAGGUCAAUGGGAAUCCUAUGUUAGCACUGUGGUACAUGGUGUUGGAAAUAUGACUGGUGACGCGCUCGUCAUUGCUGGCAGCGAUCGCCGUGGUGCCAUCUAUGGUAUCUACGAUGUAUCCGAGCAGAUCGGUGUCUCUCCAUGGCAUUGGUUCGCUGAUGUACCCGCGAAGAAACACGAUUCUAUCUACCUGCUUCAAACGACAAAAGUCCAGAAGACACCAUCCGUGAAGUACCGAGGAUUCUUCAUCAACGACGAAGCACCAGCCCUGACCGGUUGGGCAAAUGACCGGUAUCCUUUGUCUCCAUAUGGCGCACCUUUUGGAGCACAAUUCUACUCCAAGGUUUUCGAACUGCUGCUCAGAUCCAAGGCCAACUACCUCUGGCCGGCUAUGUGGAACGGCAUGUUCAACGUGGACGAUGCACGCAACCAGCCGCUGGCUGAUGAGUAUGGUAUCGUGAUGGGAACGUCGCAUACCGAGCCCAUGGUCCGCGCCACUCAGGAAUGGAGCAAAGUCGCCAAGGGUGCUGAAUCUGGCUGGUCUUGGGCUACCAACAACGCCACUCUUUACGACUACUUCUACGAGGGUGCCGAGCGCGCUGCGCCAUAUGAGAAUGUCGUCACAGUAGGCAUGCGCGGAUAUCACGACACAGCAAUGUCCGCCGAUGUUCAAACCUCGGUCCUUGAGGCUGUUGUUGAUGCUCAGCAAGACAUUCUCAACAAAAUCCAUGGAAAUGCGUCUGAAGUACCCCAGAUGUGGUGCUUGUACAAGGAAGUUCAGGAUUACUUUGAAGCUGGAAUGCAGGUUCCCGACUGGGUCACCCUCCUCUGGACCGAAGACAACUGGCAAAACAUUCGCCGUCUCCCAGUCGGCGACGAGAAGAAGCGAUCUGGUGGUGCUGGUGUCUACUAUCACUUUGAUUACGUCGGUGACUCUCGUAACUUCAAGUGGCAGGAUACCAUCCAACUUCAGAAAACAUAUGAGCAGAUGAAGUUGGCCAAGGACCGCGAGGCUGACCGUAUCUGGAUCGUCAAUGUUGGUGACAUCAAGCCUGCUGAGAUCGCCAUCAGCCAUUGGUUCGAUAUCGCUUACGACAUGGACUCUUACGACGAGUCGUCUGUGCCUGAGUGGCUUGCUGGAUUCGCUGCCCGCAACUUCGGCGAAGAACAUGCUGAGACCAUCGCAGAAAUCAUGGAUGAGUAUGGUUUCCUCGCCAACAUGCGCAAGUUUGAAUGGGUCGAGCCCUCUUCCUUUAGUGUACUCAACUACGAGGAAGCUGAUCACAUUCUUGCGCGGUGGGAGGCUCUCGCAGACCGAGCCAACGAAGUUAACGCUGCACUUUCUCCCGAGCAACAACCCGCUUUCUACGAGAUCAUCCUCCAUCGCGUGCUUGCUGGUGGCAAUCAUGUCGAUGUACAGGUUUCCGGCGCCAGGAAUAUCAUUUACGCGCAAAUGGGUCGCAAUAGCGCGAACAGAUGGAUGCAGCGUGUGAUUGAUGGCAUGAACAAGGACCACAACCUUACGAGGCUCUACCACACUCAGCUCAAUGGCAAGUGGGACCACAUGAUGGACCAAACUCAUUUGGGCUACCAAGGAUACUGGCAACAACCUAUGCGCCAAUCUACUCCUGACCUUCGUUGGGUACAAACUCAGGAGCGUUCGCUAGCAGGCGAUAUGGGUGUCUCGGUCGAAGGUUCCAACGCUACCAUUCCUGGUGAUGACAUGUGGCACGGCAAUGGUGCAUCCUCUUUGACUCUUCCAGCUAUGACUCCCUUCACCCCGAAGCGAUGGGUUGAGAUCUCUCACCGUGGUACUGGACCAUUCUCGUGGAACAUCAGCGCCGAUCCUUUCGUCACGCUCUCUCAAGUCAAAGGAAUCAUGCAGCCCAACGACGAGGACAUCCGCAUUUACGUUGACGUUGAUUGGAGCAAGGUUGAAGACGGCUUCGGUGCUCAAAGCAAGCUGAACUUCUCCAGCUCGACCGACUACGGUACUCAGGGUGGCAACCCACAAGUCAUGGUCAUGGUCAACAAGACCUCCAUUCCAGAAGACUUCAACGCUGGCUUCGUCGAGUCAGCUGGCCAGCUCGCCUUCGAAGCAGAACACUACACGCGCACUACCCCUGGUUCAUCCGACCAUUCUUACCAGGUUCUGCCCAAGUACGGACGCACCCUUUCUGGUGUGAAGCUCACAGACAACCUCGCCGAAGGCCUAGACUCCUCCAGUGCUCCUAGUCUAGAGUAUGACUUCGUCACCUUCACUCCUACAACAUCCGCCAAGGGACUCAAUGUCACUCUUAUUCUUACACCUACCCACAACAUCAACCCUAAGGUACCCCUUGCCUACAUCGCACAAGUCGACAACAAGACGGAGGCGCGUCGCGAAUUCGUCAUUGACCAGCCUCAGCCCAACUUCCCUGUUGGCUGGGGCAAGGCUGUUGCGGACAGUGCGUGGUAUAACACUACCAACCAUGGCGAGCUUGCUCCAGGGAAACACACUUUGAAGCUUUGGUUAGUCGAGGCCAACGUUAUCCUGCAGAAGGUCGUGUUAGAUCUGGGUGGAGUUGUAUACAGCCACAACGGUCCACCUGAGAGCUAUCGUGUUGGUAGUGGUAACGCAACCAUGCAUUAGGUAUUGAAGAUGGUAGGGGCUGACCUAUGAUAGAAGAUUUGAG